CUUUGAAGCAUAACCUGCUUCCAGGACCCCCUUUGCCGUCUUUGCUUGUCCCAUUCAAACCGAUCUCUCGCUUAGGACACGUUGCGACCUUGACCGAAAGAGUUUUCCACAACAUCUUUGUUUUAUCUUUAGCUAUAUUAAAACAGUAUGUAUCAGCCAGGACAGGGCGGAGGAGGGGAACAGCACUUGCAGCAUGGCUACUACCAGCAAGGACCCCAGCCACCUGCAACCCAGCAACAGCCCAUGCCAGGCAUUCCCAACGCCAUGCCUCCAGCACCUAUGAGUGGUCAGAUGCCACCACCUCACACCUUUAGCAUGCCCCCGCCGGGUCCUCCCCCACCGGGACCGGGGCCCUUCGUUGCCCCAGGUCCGCCCCACGGCGGCCCCUUCAUUCCGCCGCAGCAAGCAUACGCACAGCCAUACAACCCAGCGGCGUACCACCACCAUCCGCAGCAACCGCAACCUCAGCAGCACCACACAGCUUACAUGCCGCAACAGCCGCCUCAGGCCCCUCAAGCUGCCUCAGCUGCAGGACCCUCCUUCGGUGUGCCCCUGAACCCGCUGGGCCUUAUGGCGGCAGGCAACUUGUUCAGCGGCGGUCAGAGCUGGGGGCAGCAGUACGUGGAGCGCAUGCAGCAGCGAGUGGGGUACUUCACCGGGGGGGCGCUGCACUUCCACUUCGCCAUCAACAAGCAGUACGUCCUCACCAAGCUGCUCAUGCUGGUCGCCCCCUUCCUCAAGCAAUGGACCUAUACCCGCCAGCCCGAGCAAAUGCAGGGCGGCGCCGCCUUCAAGCCACCGCGCGAGGACGUCAACUCGCCCGACCUGUACCUCCCCCUGGUGGGCCUCUGGACGUACACGCUACUGGUCAGCGCCGUACAGGCGGCUCACGGCAAGUUCAAGCCGGACAACAUGUACCCCUUGGUUUGGAGCGCCGGCAUGGCUUGGUUCGUGCACCUCCUGGUCGCCAAGGCCGUGCUCCGUGCCAUGGCCCUGCCCGCCUCCGUUCCCUGGCUCGAGCUGGCAGCCUACACCGGCUACCCCUUCGUGCCCAUCUGCCUUGCUAUCGCGGCGGGGCAGCUGGCGGGGUGGUGGGCGUACGUGGGGGUGUGGCUGUACGGGAGCACCUGCAUGGCGGUGUUCCUGGUGCGGACGAUGAAGAGGGUGAUCUUCCAGGAGACGCGGGGUUACGGUCGCGACCUCACGUUGGUCAACUACCUGCUGUUGGGCCUGGCGCUGUUUCAGUUCCCGUACGCCUUUUACCUGGGAGUGAGGCCGUGAGGGGCUGUGAGGGGCUUCUCAGUGGGCCGCGAAGGAGGUGUGGAGGAAAGAGGAUAGGGAUGUUAAGGGCUUCGUUGGAAGAGGGCUAGCGCCCCAACACGCGGGCUGUGUUAGGGGGGCUGCAUGGUGACUGUUGAGCAACACGUGGAGCCUUCAUUUGCUUGUCUAGGUGGGGCGUGAGUUGGGCCGACGAAGAAUGCUGCCCUGUGGGGGGGAAGCUGCUGUUCAGUAGUACGGCGGGUGCGCGCAUGCAUGCUGGUGGUAGGUAGAUACCGGUAAGGCAAUUGUGUCCCUGUGGGGCUCCCUGGGGGCAAGGAGGGGAACUGGUUGCUCCCCUUCCGGUUGUUGGUAGGGAAAAGCGGUUGGAAAGCGGUUGUAGGGAUGAGGGAAGGGAAGGCGGUUGGAAAGCGCCGUCUGUCUGAAGGUGCAGGGACGGUUGUACCGGCAAUAUGGGGUUCUAUUUGGGUGGACGUCACAGGCGUGAUUGGGGGCAACAAGGACGAUCGCAACAGAGGAGACGAAUGCAAGGUGUCUGGGUGGAACUUGGUGACAAAAUGCCAGAUG